AUGAUCUACGUCCGAUGUGAACGGCCCACCUACACUUCCUCUCUUCCAUCCAUCUACUCAAUGCCUGACUCCAUCUUCUGCUCGUAUGGCAUGAGGUUGGAGCAGCUGCGCCUGCAGCUCAGCUCAAAGAAGUCGCUCCUCGCACAUGCCAACGCCGUGGUGAGUAGCAUGGAUGUGAUGGGUGGAUGGUCGUUGCUGCUAGAUAGGAUGGGGUUGGAGCAUCUUCGCCUGCAGCUCAGCUCAAAGAAGUCGCUCCUCGCACAUGCCAACGCCGUGGUGAGUAGCAUGGAUGUGAUGGGUGGAUGGUCGUUGCUGCUAGAUAGGAUGGGGUUGGAGCAUCUUCGCCUGCAGCUCAGCUCAAAGAAGUCGCUCCUCGCACAUGCCAACGCCGUGCUGGCCAUGCGGAGAGCAGCAUUGGCGCACGGAGGAGCAGCAAGGGCGGGUGGAGCAGCCUUAGGAGGAGUGUCGGUGGCAGCUCCUCUAUUCCCCCCUCCCCUUUUUCCCUCCUCUACCACAGCUGGCCAUGCGGAGAGCAGCAUUGGCGCUCGGAGGAGCAGCAAGGGCGGGUGGAGCAGCCACGGGGUCCACUCUUUCAAUUGCCUCCCCUCCUCUGACGCCCACAUCCCACUCAUCCCUCCCUUAGAGCUCGCUGCUGCUAUCGGCUGCUUGAUUCGACUCCUGGAACUGCUUUCCAAGUACCUCUCCUUCCCUCUCCUGCACAUCGCUGCCUUUGCUGCAUCAUCAUCCAAGGUGUGGCACCGACAGUCCUACUGGUCACUUGCUCCUCCAACCAACCCCAGCUUCCUCUCUUCCUCUUUCGCCUGCAACUCUCUCUUUGGCUCAUGGGCUGGGAUACCGCCUUCCCCACUACAAGACGAAGCAGGCAACCCGAUAUAUUUCUCCCAUGCCUCGUCAGCGAAUCAGCAGCUGCCACCUGGCGAGAUCAAGCAGGUUCGGCGAGGUUUGCGGUUGCUUCGGAGAAGUGCUGCCUGCCUUGCCGCCACCCACGCUGGCAGGUUCGGAAUCGCCAGGCCUGGAGAUGAGGUUCGGGGAGGAGGUGGUGCUGAGCUGGACGAAUUUGCUGAGCUGGCAAUGAUGAUGUCAGCCGCCAUGCGGGACACACGGUUACCCUUCCUGCGGCAUGUGACUCGUCGUUCCCGUUCUUUCCUCCCCUUCUUCCCCCCUAAUUCCACCACUACUCAGCCUCCCCACCUCAAACCACUCCAUCCAGCUCUCUCACGCCAUUACCCCCCCGAUCCCCUUCCCGUUCCCCCCUCCAGCAAGCACUUCCUUUCCUUGCAGCAGCCACAACUGUGA